UACACCUACCCAGUCUGUCGGUAGAGCUUUGAAUAUAGGCCACUCCCUGAGUCAGGCUAUUGAGUGAGGCCAUGUAUUGAGUCAUAAACUGGUAACAUGAAUAUCGUGUCCUUGAUUAUCUUCACACGACUAGGACGCCACUAUGGGUCUACACAAGGCUUCCUUUGGAAAUUUAUCAACCUUUGGGUCAGCCAAGUGUCUUCAGCUGAACAAAUCUGCAUUGUAUUGGUGAUGUGUAUCACUGUUAUUACAUUAUUAGAUCACUGUAUACUUCAUCAGUACACUGUAUCUCUAUGAUCGGUCACUAUACUAAAUUACUGUACGAUCUGUACCAUCACUAUAC